AUGGGCGACAUCGUCUUUGAGAAUCACCACCGUGAACCACGUCGGCAGACCUUCAUCAUUCCGUUGACGUAUUCCGACAUCUCUCUUGGGGCUACCGAGAUCCAGCGAAUCAGCUAUGGCGGCGAUAUCUGGGAGAUGCGAGUUGACCUCCUGAGUCCUUCGAUGGAACCCCUUGGCUCUAGCAAUCUCCCACCGCUUCAUAUGUUCGGAACCAAGUUCAACUACUUCAGCGGUGGCAAGUUUCCCGAUACCGCCGAGGAGGAGGCACUUGCUUUGAUGCUCAUGGCUGUCGAGGAGGGAUGCCACUACAUGGACGUGGAGAUUGAAUGGUCUCGCGGUCUUAUCGAUACACUUGUUGCAAAGAAGAGAAAUACGAAGCUGGUUGCAUCAUUCCAUGGCUGGACUGGGGAGAUCCGAUGGACGAGUGAUACUCUGCAAGAGAAGUACGCUUUGGCCGAUACAUUUGGCGACAUCAUCAAGCUUAGCAUCCUAUCUGUGGACGUAUAUGACUGCCAUGAACUAGCCUUGUUCGUGAAGAAGCACCUGGCAGAGAGCCCGAAGCCACUACUGGCAGUUGGCAUGGGCCAACAUGGCCAACUCUCGAGAGUCCUGUCGCCAAUCUCUCUCGUGACGCAUAAACUACUCCCCGCGCCGUCUGCACCUGGCCAGUUGACUCUCGCGGAGGUCCAUACUGCGCAGCACCUAGUAGGCCAGCUACCAUCGCGUGAGUACGCCGUGGUUGGUCCCGAACAAUCUGGAGAAAUCGUUGGAAGCAUCCUUCAGGCUGGGUUCAGAGAAAUCGGCCUGCCUCAUAGCUGCAACUUUCUUCGAGAUGGGAAAGUGUUCCCUCAGGCUAUUCAGAAGCCCAAGUUUGGUGGAGCAGCGACGGCCAGCUUCACCGGCUUCAAUCGUCAAGACUUCCCUGGGGACAUCUCGGAAGAUGCGCAGAGUAUUGGUUCUGUCGACACGAUACUGUUAAAGCACCCAAACACGGCAAGCAAGCCAGCACUCACCUGUGGUUAUGUUGGCGAUGAUCCCGUUGCCGUUCGUUCAGCGUGUCUUGCCGCUGAGAAGAUCGGAUACAAGACUGUUCAACUUUUGGAGUCGAACCUAAUACAAUCUGUAGCAGCAGACUUCCCCGGCCUCGACUUUGCUAGUCAGAAAUCGCAACCCAGCUUGGUCAUUUGCUGCACUAAAUCCGCCGAGUAUUCCAGCAAGCAUGUUCUAAGUAGGCUCCUGAGCGACUCUCCGGCCGGCGUUCUAGUUGACUUCAGCGAAGAGUCAGUUUCAGCAAAGGUCGUGUCUGCCAAUCCUGGGUGGAAGGUCGUUGGGAAGAGGGAACUGCUGGCUACACGAGCGUGUCUCUUGUUCUCUGCAUGGACUGGGCGGAGGGCACCAGAGGUGGUGAUGCGUGAGGUUGCAUGA